AUGGUCGCGGAUGUCAGAGUCGAAGACCCAAACUUUGCCAAAUCACUCUGCGAUAAAUACGAUUCGGGCGAGUUUAAAAUUCACGACCCAUCAGACUUUAAAGUCUUUGCUCUUGCGGUUCCGGCCUCGAAAGGUACGACAGGUUUCACGCAUCGUGUCACCUGCAAAAAGGUCGUCUGCUCCUGGCACAAGCCGAUGCGCGUAGCGCUCCUCAGCUUCGACUCGGAGUUCCUCGCCAGAGACAUUUGCGAUAGGUUUUCCACAGGCACAUACAAGGUCCUCGGGACCAAGGUCUCUUGCAGCUUCCGCUCGGUCGGGUCCCAUUCCCGACACGUGGGCGACUGGAGACGGUUUGCCGAAGACCCGCGUCCUUGCGUGCUGGCGCUGAGGGUGCCGUUGGCGGCCACCACAGAGGAUGUGCUGCGUAUGAUACCCAGAGGUAUUAGGCCUAGAAAUGUUGAGUUUGACGGCCUGACAUAUAGAGUCGGGAAGGAGUAUGAGAUGCGACAGCUUGCCAUGAUUGAACGGUUGUUGACCAAGGUUGGUCCUCUUGAAAUGGGGCUUACCGCCAAUAUGGACGCGCCCGGGAAACGGGUCAAGGCUAUGGCGCGGUUCAAAGACGAAACGGAUGCGAAGGAGGCGGCCAGAAGUCUCCACGAGACCAGGCUGCCUUUCUACGAGUCUGAUAAGCUUGACGUCAACCUAUUGUACUCUGCAACCUAUAAAGUGGCAACCAAGGUCUUCGAAGCUGUGUCGGCGGAUGUGGACGCGGCCAGGGUUGCAUAUCGGGAGAUGUACAUCAGCUUCAAAAGCUUUCCACCGGCAAACGGAUAUACCACGCUGAGACUGGAGGGUGAAAACCGGGAAGACCUGGCCGCCGCUGAGAAGAUUGUUGACAGGAUUCUGAAGGGUGAGACGGUCAUGGCUGAUGAUGGCGAGAAGCCUUUUUGGAGUCCAUCGCUUGGCAACAGAGUAGCAGCCGGCAAAACCCUUGGACGAAUUGAGCAGGAGUUCCAGGUUGCGUUCCAUUGUGUCCCUUCAAAAGCGGAGAUUAGCAUGUUCGGAGCACCGGGCAAACUGAACAAAGCGCGUGAUGCGCUACUUAAGGCUUUUGGUGAUAGCCCUUCAUCAGCUCAUACAAUCAUGCUCGACGACAAGAGCUUCCAAUGGGCGAUCCGCGGGGGGUUUCAAGCGCUCAGGGAUACUCUGGGUCCCGAGAACGUGGCUCUGAGUAUUCUCCCGACGCUCAAGAGUAUCGAAGUUUUGGGUCCACGAUCGUCAUAUGACUUGGCGGUGGAUAUUAUGUCAGGGAAAAAGCCUCCGUCUCAACUGAAGUCGAUGAAUCAGACGGACGAAUGCUGUUCCGUGUGCUGGACGGAAGCAGAGAGGCCCCUGACAACAAAGUGCGGGCAUGUCUACUGUCUUGACUGCUUUGAGAACUUCUGCCAAUCAGCUGACUCUGGAGAAAACGGUUAUAGCCUUCGUUGCCUCGCAGAUGAAGGCUCCUGCGGAGCCAUCUUUAGCCUGCCGGAAUUGCAGGAGCACCUAUCCUCACUUACCUUUGAGGAGCUCCUUACAUCAUCAGUCAAGUCGUACAUCAGUAAGCACCCGAACGAGUUCCGGUACUGCCCCACGGCAGAUUGCGAACGAGUCUACCGGGCUUCGCCUCCAGACCGUCCUGGACUCUACAGAUGUCCUGGAUGUUUCAAGGCCACAUGCAGCUCGUGCCACUUUUCCCACGAGGGCAAGUCGUGUGCGGAGCAUAAAUACAUUGCCUCGGGAGGCGAGAAGGAGUUCCAGCAAGCAAAGGAAAGGUUGGGCAUCAAGGACUGUCCUAAAUGUAACACCUCCAUCCAAAAGUCCGAGGGGUGCAAUCACAUAUGA